CGUCCUGCACAUGCCUAAUACUUAUCCUGUUGAACAUAACUUAAAUGUCACACGACGUUAUUGCCCAGAGGCCGAGUUCUUCAUCGUCCAAGGAGCUUUUGUACUCGAGCGAGCGCGAAAGAGACCAUGAAACGUCUUCCAGACUCGCAGCACGUUUGGAAAGGUCGGUGAACAAGCGAUCAAGAGGCAACUUGCAUUAUCAUGAUUCUGCCGGCCGGAGGCGAAGAAGGGAUAGGCAUCGUGAGCACAGUGAGGGCAUUAGCAUGGAAAAAGGAAUUCGCCGAGAACGCAACGAAAACGAGUAAGUUUAUAAAUACCAUCAAGUCUAUAAAUAGUACAUGUGCUUGUAAAUCACACAGGGCAAUCAAUUGACGGUUUUUAUUUUCCCCUUCACUGCAAGAUAAUGUUGUAGUAUUUUCGAACCGGAAAAAUCAUGUCUACAGGUUUUAUACUCCAAAGUUAUACAUUGUUACUUGACCAGAUACGUGAAUGUACAUGUCGCUACAGACUCGUGGUGUUUAUGUAUACUCUUGUGAUGUUGAUAUCAACACAAACUCUAUACUAAGCUAAUUGAUUUUCAUAACAGCGCUUUUAACGAGACAUUACUCUCUUAAAUAUUUUCGUGAUCACACAAAUGUCUCGGCAAUGUCGAAUAUCUCUAUUCGUGACUUUUUUCAUGUAUAACCAGUGUCUUCAAGUUAUUAGGCUUAAGUUCUUAGGACUAUAAAGCUUAAAUGAAAAUCCAAUGAAUGUGUAUAUUUAAGUGUGUUGAUCUUCCUUAUUAGUUACUAGCCUUUUCUGGUUGUAGCAUUUGUUGUUUUUCUUUUCGUGUCAAGUUCUUGUUUUGCUUCCAUAGCAUUGGUUAUUUUGCGGUAUUUCACAUUUUAUGUCCCAUUAAUUACAGAGGUCAUCCCACACAAUUCAUUUCAUGACUCUUGUAUCACUUCCGGCUAAAACAAUGGGCAAAGCACUAUUGUUUGAAACGUGAUACAACAUGUUCAAGCUUGCAUUGUCAAACAAAAUCAUAUCCAUAAAGUUUGUAUCUUUACUUGUGCCAAAUUCUCUGUUAAAAUGUAUAUAACGUUCAGAAAGCAUUAAUUCAGAGGUAAUUAUUAUUCAUUCAUGUCACAGAACUACAAUUGAGCUUAAACUUUAUUUCCCAUAAAUAAUUAGAUUAGACAAGAUAAAUACAACAAUUCCAUUUAUCUUGUCUAAUCUAAUUAUUUGAAGUUUAGACAAGCUGGUUAUAAUGAUAUUAUAUUACAAAUGAAUGGUUUAAAGAAAGGGAGAGAGUGUUACUGUGGCUUUAUCAGCCAAUGGAGGAAAAGAUCAAAACCUGGACUCCUUGUUUUCCUGCCAAAGAAAACCCUGAUAUGUGGAGGGCAUGUUCAAUUGGCCAAUCGUGUUGUAGUAUGAGGUCAAAGCGAAGAAUCGAUUGAUUUCCAGAAAGAUCGUCAGGCAUGAAGUUUUUUCAGCCAAGCGUUUGCUUAACCAACCAAAAGCCAUGCGCGUUUGUAUCCGUUCGAUAAACCAAUAAAUUCAUUCUAUUUCCGCUCAUUUGUCAUUUCUGUUUUGUUUGCAUGUUUUCAUUUCAAGGUCAUGAAUAUGAAAAUCGCUCUAUUGCGAGGAGAAAAUUCAUGUUGAUCACCCUUGGGACUUAAACCCUGACCCUGAUUAAGACAAGACGUCUUAUUUUUUAACCUGAUUCACUUUCCUUUUGUUUACAGAAUAAGGUAUCGUGAAAUUUGAUUUUGUAAAAAAAAAAUUGUUAGUUCCAUGAUUUCUGACCACCCAUUCCCAGUCUUCAUACUUUUUUUUCAGUGUCCAGUCCAAAAUGACAACCUGUUGAAGAUGGGAAAUAGUUAAAUUGUAUAUACAGCUUGCCAUUCAGGCAAGCUGAAGCUAGCAUUUACUAGCCCAGAUGUCAUUUCGACUAGCCCCAAAAGCUUUUUGACAGGCAGAAUUAAUUUCACAGUUCUUGUUGUUCGAAUUGCUCAAACACAUCACUUGCCCGUUGGGCAAGUUAAAAACAGAAUUCACUAGCCCAAUAGCAAAAUCCACUUGCCCAGAGCUAUCGGACACUACUUUCUUUGCACGCUGCUGUCUAAGAAUGACCCUAAAAACCAUAUGCUGUUCAGCAAGGAAACGAAAAGAUCCAAUGUUAACAAAAUAUAACAUAACAUAACAACUUAAUAUUUAAGUGUCCAUGUCUUUAGCUUAUAAAAGCUAAUUGGGGACACUAAAAUGAUAGGAAAAAAAUUUUAUUAUAAAAUGAUUUUAUACAUGGUAUCAUAAGGUGAAUUUAUUAUUCUCUAAAAUUUAAAAUUUAUAAAAGGUAAAAAUUUAAAAGUUAAAAGAUUACCGAGUUAUCCCCAUUAAAAUAUAUAGAAAAAUGCUUAAAAUAUUUUAAAAAUUCUCGAGUACUACAAAUAGGACAGGAGCCACAAUUUUCACUUAUAAGAUCCACAAGGUUAAUAUGCCGUAUGCUGAACUUGAAGGAUAAUUGUAAAGUAGGUUUAUCUUUGAUUUUGCUGUCCAAUCUAGACCAUAUAUAUGGUCCAAAGUACCUUAUUGAAUGUUUCCCGUAACACACACUAUUAAAUCUGGGUAAAUGAAAAUCCAUAUUUCUCAAGUGAUAUUUGGAUGAUAAAGUGAUAGUGCUCAUUUUGGCACUGGAAGAUGUUACUGGUAAUAUUGUAAGAACUGAAGUUCAACUCGUAUGAGGAAUAAGACCUUAUCUCACUUUACUUUAUUGCUUUAAUGUCAGUGCAGACAUUGGUUACAAAAAUAGCAGUAAAAUAAAGUCACCAAUUUGGUGACCAUCUAUGUUAAGCUUUUAAUUGUGCCAAGUAGUAGUCAGUCUUCUAACAAGUUAGUGGUUAAUAUCUUUUUUCUAAAGUGAAGGUAAGAUAAACAUUUAUAUGAAAUGCUGUUUAUACCCUGUUUUUGUUAUGAUAAUGUUCGUCUCUAAUUUAUGAUCACUCUGGUUCUCCUCACUCGACAAACUGUUCUGGUUCAUGUUAUAUUCAGUGGAGUACCCUUUAUUUCUAGCAACCAAUAUUGUAUGUCUGGCGAGCAUUUUAUUAUAAUACUUUUUGGUUGCCAAAAGGCAACUUUGCAAGGCGUUCGGCUUAUAGAACUGAUUAUUAAAAAACUACGUUUGAUUUUCACUACCUUAUUGACCAGUAAUGAUGGCGUCUUUAGUGUCUUUACUUAUUUAUCUGUUUUCAUAAUUAUCUUUUGUAACAGGCCUAUGAGACAAGCCCAGUUCCAGGACAGCCGAGAGAAAAAUCGUCAAUUUUACCAAAAUUCACUGUCAAAACACAGUAGGAAACAUGACCGUCCACAGAGUUGGUAUGAAGGUCAAAAUACGGAGAGAAAAUUCACUGAAAGACCACAAAGCAUUCACGAAAUUUCAUUAGAUAGAAACAAUCAACAUAACUCGGCCAGAGUUCCUUUCCACGAGAACAGGUUGCCCAACAUCUCUGGCUUUAGAGAAAGAAGGCACAGGCACCUUGAGUCUACCCGAUCUUUGUCUUCAAGCUACAGUUCUCAAGUGGGGUCCUCAGCUGAUGAAGCUGAGGAACAUCACGGGGUAUAUUCUGCCUAUGACAUGACAGGAAGGUCACCUUAUGGCUCGCUGGUAUUAAGGCGUUACAGCCAAUCAAGUUUGAGCUCCUCUAGUGCCUCAUGGCAACAGUCCACCAGCUCGCUCAGUCAUCACGCCGUCAGAGGUCAGUGGGGGUCUGGGUCACUAGGCUCCAGUUCUCCAGAUAAAAUGCACGGUCAUUCGGUGCAAAAGACGGUUUUUUUGAAGAGCCCUCCAAAGAUUUCUGAGGACACCUCAACCGGAAAUGUCUCGUUUGUCCCCGCCACACAAUCCAAUCAGUUUCCCGGCCAAAGAAUUCGCGUUAACGCCCAACCUUAUCAUUCACGCAAUUCUCAUGUUUACGUUCAAGCUACUCCUUUUUCGUCCGGUCACCACGCUUCAACAUCAAAUCGACCACAAUAUUACAGUGUCACGACUUCCACUGAAGGCGUGACGGAAGUCUUCCAGAAUGUCACGCAACUAUCAUCUGUGCAUACUCAGUCAACUCGAAGUUCCAGAACGCAUGAACACGAUGACCAACCGAAAAGUCCUUCAGUGAAAGAUUUAGCGAAACGUUUUAGCGGAGAAAAUCAAGGUUUUUUUCCUGAAUCGUUUGAGGAGCUUUACGAAUUGAACGACAGAGAGCGGAGGAGGGUCAAGGCGCAAACGUGGCCGAAGUUUGCUUACGUCCAUUCCCCGACGGAUAAUAGAGUAGAACAAAUAGAAGGAGUCGAUGCCGGGCCACCAAAACCGCCUUAUCCUAAGAGUAUCGUGGAAGAUCUAGCUGUUGUAGAAACAAAACUGGAAACAAGAAUAACUCGAAGCGAUGCUGACACACAGUUGAGAGCAUCAGACAUGAGCUACUCCGUAAGCUCGCACGAACAGUGGGGUGUCAUCGAUGGCGCCCCAAGCCCUGGCGUGCUCGCAUCUCAUCGGUUAAGCCUGCAGGAACUUAUUAAGAUUCAUGAAGAUGAAAUCGCCAGGCAUGCCAAGAGCGCUCAGACAACAGCUCACGCGCACGUGCAGAUUUACUUGAAGCGUCCAGCAAAUGAAAUGCGGCCUCGAAGUGUGGAGAGUCCACCAACUUCGCCUCACGAGAUUGAAUACGACGGAAGAUGGGGCGCAGGUGGGGUGCCACAAACAACUCAUAAACCGUUUGCAGCGGUUAAUAGGGUUGCAGAUAACCGUGCACCUGUUGUAACCCAAUACGAGUUAACGAAUUUGAAAUCUGUUGAGAGAGCGCCUAUAAAAGUUGUUGAAGUCACCGAAAAGGACAGUACAACUUCCGUGAACUCUGAAUUGCGCGAUAGGUCCCCGGUGAAAGCAAAGAGACAUCGCACGAUUGGCGUCGUGGGCUUCCGACAGCAAAUCGAUCGCGUCUCCGAAGGGAAGACCGAAAAUAAGCCGAAACGUCAUACGGCAAUCGGAAUUGUUAGCGUAAAGGCUGUGGCAACACCAGCUCGUCAGACAGUAAAAGAGGAGACUGUAGUUGUGAGCCACGAGGGCUACAAUUUGGCGGCGGAAAAGGGAGUAGACAACGUGGAUGGUAAACAGAGGGAAAACGGUGAGAUGCUUAACCAUCGUAACGAAUACGAUUUCCAUGCUGAUAUAACGACACAGAACGAGUUUCAAAGAGACGAAGCCCUCGAGGAAUUACUUCAGCGUGAUGAAACCUCUGUGCCUUUCGCGCGAUUGGAGGGAGCGGUUCAAUCUCGAUCGGAAUCCAAUCAUAACCGAGAACGGAAGGCACUACGGAAUGAAAAGCUCUCUGUGGACGAAGGAUUGGCCAGAAUUCCAGGGGGAUCCUCAGAAAGAGUGGUUCAGCCUGCUGAACCGGUUAGCACUCAGUCUUCAAUCCUGCCACCCCAUAAAUCUGAUGGACGAACGUGGAAUGUCCCAGUUUCCAAUCGAACAUAUAAUCACCAUAAACCAUACGCUAUAUCCAAAGCUGUACCUGUAGCACAAGUAUCUCCAGUAAGUCCCGCUAAUGACCAGACACCUACGUCUCCUCUCGGUAAAGAAAAUUUUACCGACACUUUGCCACUUUCAAGAUCACAAUCUGCAAGGGAAAUGUAUGAAACGAGGCUUGCGCUGUGGAAUUUAUAUCCACCAGAUUCAACCCCAGAAUUACAUUCUAGCGAGACCUCAGCCAACACACCCAUUCACGAGAAGAUAAUCGCCGAAGCCGAGCAUCGUACAGUCACAGGUAAAGCUUUGGAGGCUCCGGAUCCACCCAAGAUUCGCGGUGUAGGCACGAAAAUAAAACCAAGGGUCUUUGACCAUCAGGACUUGGAAGAGUACUAUUUACAAGUUAUAGAGAAACUGAAGAACGAAAAUAAACAGCUACUUGCGAAGCAUGACUCGGAGAAAAGAGAGCUGAAGCAAAAGUACGAAGAACAGAGAAAGGUAGCGAACGCUUAUCAGAAAUUGGAAGACAGGUAUCGUAGGCGAGUUCAUGAGCUGCAGGAGGCUUUAUCGGGCUGCACGUGUCAAAGUCCGUUUGUCAAUCAAAAUCACGUGAACAUUACCCAGAGUCUUAGCAACCGGUAAGUUUACAUCCUAUCUCUUCAGAUAAUGUGGCGUUAAAAAAUGAGCCAAUGCCUCUCAAGAAACAAAAUUCUCCGACACCUUUUUAUUGCUUACACAUUAAAGAAACAUCCCUCAAAAUCCUAGGUCAAUCAAGCAAAUUCCCUUUGAAUUUUAGCAUUUAAAAGCCCAUCCGGACGCUCGCAUUAAAAGGAUAGUUUGUUUAUCAAGAUAGCCAGUUCAUAAAGCUGUAAUUUGGGUUUUAGGUAUCUUCAGUUUAACCAGAACACGCUACAUCACUUGCAGGUGGUGAGACACCCCUGAAGGUAUCCGGUAACUUGAAAUUACCCCUUUCCGGUCCCCUUCAAGUGCCUGCCUCACACUCGAGCUACAAGUAAGAGGACUUGGCGGCACUUGAUUAAAACUGAUAGGCUUCAAUUUUUUUCAUGCAGAAGUGAGAAGGAUGGAGACAGGUCAGCAGCGUCAAGCGUCAAGGGCAUAAAAACACUCCACGAUCUUGAUGACUGGUUUGGGGAACACUCCAAAGAUAACAGUGCUUCAAAACACAAUAACACGGCGAGCAGGAAUAGCGUGAUAAGCACGGAGACGUCUUCCGAUAUGACGGGAACCGCGUCUGCCUGGGACGAGUUGUACGAUCGACUACGUGCGACAGGGGAGAUUGAUGUCGAGAAUGGCACACACGUAUGACACUGUGAAAUCCUCGGUUAGUGACUUAAGUUUGGUUUCGUCUUUCCGUCACCUCUAGUUUUCAUAACAAUUGUGUUUGACUUCUACGUAGUGCAUUGUCGUUAAAUUUCACGUCUUCUCCGUCGGGGCCCUUAAAAAUUAGACUAUUCUAACCCUAGUUUUAGGCUUAAUGGUAUUUAGGCUGGUACUACUUUUGUGAUUUUGUGGUCGAAACUGAAAUUGGCUUAAUGGUAUUGGAGUGGAAAAUCCUUACGUUUCGCUUCGGUUGUUGACGUCAAAAUUUUCUUCUCCGCCUUGACAGCGGCCGAAAAAUGCAAUCGGCAAGAGUGAUAAUUGGUGGUAAAAUAGUCACGUAGUCAUCUCCUCCGUUUGCCAUAGAGGUGAUGCGUAAUCUCUUUGUAAUAAGCCUGCGAAGCAAGCGUUCCCAAUCGAGUUAUUGCGCGAAAGUUGUAGCGAGGGCAAAAGAAAUGGAAGAUCGAAGGUGGAGGUGGAGG